AUCUCUUCACCCAACUUAGCCAACGAAGCACACAAUUCAACUUCUUCUUGAUUUCUUCAAGAGUCACACAGAGACACGUGAAGAUUUAGAGUUUGGUUUAGGUAAUGGAGAGAGGAGAGAGCAACGACAGGGGUAAAAACGACUCUGCUGUCAUUCAAACGUCACCGAGGAGUCCUUUAAGUUCCAUAGAUCUCGCCAUGGACGGAGCCAUGAACGCUUCCAUCGAGCAGCUUUAUCACAAUGUCUGCGAAAUGGAGAGCUCCGAUGAUCAAUCCCCUUCAAGGGCGAGUUUCAUUUCCUACGGAGCUGAGUCAAGAAUCGAUUUGGAGCUGAGGCAUCUCGUGGGAGGAGAUGUUGUAGAGAGAAAGAAAGAAGUUGUCUUGGAGAAGAAGGAAGAAAAUAAAAACAGAGGAGAUAGCUUGAGUAGCAAGAAACCUAGUGAAACUAAGAAAACAAGCCCUAAUGCGAAAUUGAGGAACUCUUCGAGAAAAUCUCCAGAUAUCAAGAAAGUUUCUGUUGACGAGGAGAGUCCUGAUCUAGGACCCUUGUUGUUGAAGCAAGCAAGAGAUAUGGUUUCUUCUGGUGAGAAUCUAAACAGAGCUCUUGACCUAGCGUUACGUGCGGUGAAAGCUAUCGAGAAAAGCGUUGAAGGAGACAAACAAGGGCUAAACUUGGUCAUGUCCUUGCAUAUCUUGGCAGCUAUCUACGCCGGUUUAGGUAAAUACAACGAAGCGGUUCCGGUUCUCGAACGGUCCAUCGAGAUACCGAUGAUAGAAGACGGCGAGGAUCACUCCUUAGCAAAGUUCGCAGGUUGCAUGCAGCUCGGUGACAUGUACGGCCUAAUGGGCCAAGUAGAAAACUCUCUCUUGCUCUACACGGCAGGUCUGGAGAUCCAAAGACAAGUUCUCGGAGAGACAGAUCCACGAGUAGGCGAAACAUGUCGGUACCUAGCAGAAGCACAUGUCCAAGCCAUGCAGUUCGAAGAAGCCUCAAGGCUAUGUCAAAUGGCUUUGGACAUACACAAAGAGAACGGUUCCACCGCUACAGCUUCCAUCGAAGAAGCUGCGGAUAGAAAACUCAUGGGACUUAUCUGCGACGCCAGGGGCGACUACGAGGUCGCUCUUGAGCAUUACGUUCUCGCAAGCAUGGCUAUGUCAUCACAGAAUCACAGAGAAGACGUUGCAUCUAUAGAUUGUAGCAUCGGUGAUGCGUACAUGUCUCUAGCUAGGUUUGAUGAGUCUAUAUUCGCGUACCAAAAGGCUUUAGCUGUUUUUAAGCAGUCCAAAGGUGAGAGCCAUUCCUCUGUUGCUUCGGUUUACGUAAGGCUUGCUGAUCUUUACAACAAGAUAGGGAAGCUACGAGAUUCGAAGUCUUACUGCGAAAACGCUCUUAGGAUAUACCUAAAACCGUCUCCGGGGACUGCUAUGGAAGAGGUUGCGACGGGUUUUAUAGAGAUCUCUGCGAUAUAUCAGUCUAUGAAUGAGCUUGAACAAGCGUUUAAGUUGUUGAGACGAGCGUUGAAGAUAUAUGUAAACGCUCCGGGUCAACAGAACACGGUUGCUGGUAUUGAAGCUCAGAUGGGUGUGGUUUCUUACAUGAUGGGGAACUAUCCUGAGUCUUACAACAUCUUCAAGAGCGCUGUUUCGAAGUUUCGAAACAGCGGAGAGAAGAAGACGGCUCUGUUUGGGAUUGCUUUGAAUCAAAUGGGACUUGCGUGCGUGCAACGUUACGCGAUUAACGAAGCUGCGGAUUUGUUUGAAGAAGCGAAAGGUAUUCUGGAGAAUGAGUAUGGACCGUACCAUCCCGACACGUUGGCGGUUUACAGUAACCUUGCCGGAACAUACGACGCAAUGGGCAGGUUAGAGGAUGCUAUAGAGAUAUUAGAGUAUGUUGUUGGGACAAGAGAGGAGAAGCUUGGGACUGCGAAUCCGGAGGUUGAGGAUGAGAAGCAGAGGUUAGCUGCGUUGUUGAAAGAAGCUGGAAGAGGAAGGAGCAAAAGAAACAGAGCACUUUUUACUCUUUUGGACAAGAACCCUGAGAUUGAACCGAAUUGUGGGCAGAGACCGGUUUAUUGAUGAACCGUGUUGUGGUCCGGUCGAAAAUGUGUAUAUAUACAAAAUACGAGUUCAUAUAUACGGUAACUACAUGGUCGAGAGAAAAAGAAACAAGGGUUUUAAUGUUUUCUGAUUUUAUUAGAAUCUCUGAUUCAAUAUAUCAAUACAUUCAUGUUGCAUUUGUUUUUCAGUUUCUGUAUCUAUUGGCGUUUAAAUUUUGUUUUUAAUAAAGAGUAAGAGCAAUUCUCGU